AUGAACAACCAAGAGUUCUAUAAGUUGUUCAAAAACUCGAAGUUGGCCCAAGUGGCUACUCCUUUGAGCAAAAAGUUGAGAGGUCCCAACACAUCGGCACCAACCCAUCAAAUAAUUUACACGCCAACAGCCAGUGCUGCGAGAUCAAAUUUCGGUAUCAAGACUUCUUUGCCCAAGCAAAUUGGCCAGUCACAUAUUGUUUUCAACGAUAUCGACAACUUCAAAAACAUGCCAGAUGUGGAAAAGCAUGCUGGUCCUCAUUACACUAGAUUGAAGUUCCAGGAACUGGGGAUUGUCUUGAAGAAAGCGUAUAAGAAGUCUAACCCAUUGUUUGCAUGGAACUCUUCCAAGACUUUUGCUAAAGAAGCAUCCACAACAGACUCUGUGUUAAGCAAGUUCAAUCUUGGGCAAGACUCGGACAUUUCUGAGGUCAAGGACUUGAUUAAGAGAAACCCAGACUUGCGUGCCGAAUUCAAAAAAUGGUUGGUGGUUAACAGCCCAGAAUCUGUUAUGUUGAAAGUGCCAUCUAAACUUGAGCAAUUAUUGAAAGACUUUAUCGCUUCUUCUCCUACUUUAGUCAAACGUGAAAAGUCAUUGGCUGAUAUGACUAGAAAUCGCGGUGUCGUUUCGUCUCAUGCACCAAAGUCUCACAUUCAAGGAACAGCUGGUCUUUCGUAUCUCCAAAAUGGCCGUCUCACUAACACACCCAAUGGUGUGAAGCAAGGCGUUAUUGCACCAGGAAGAAUUGUCAGGGAAAGAGAAGCUGCCAUUGGUGGUAUUAUUGCUGCUGUCAAUGAAAGAACCACCUUAUUGCAAUCUAACUAUAUCAAGAAUGCUCCUGGAAAGCACUCUAGACAAUUUGUCAUGCCAUUCAAGGUUAACGAAGCAGAAUUGACUCCUACUGGUGGCGUCAGAUUGCACGCUGAUGGUGUCAAGGUCGGAUCAUGGAUUCAAAGAAGCGACAACUAUUCUAAUGGAUCUAACUACAUUGCAUCCAACCCAAACUUUGGCACCAUGUCUGAAAGAAAUAGCAAGGAUUCUUCUGCUUUGGAAAGUUUGUUGGGAUUGGUUUCCAAGUCCAGAGUUUAG